ACCGCGCCUCAGCCUGGUGCAGUGCGCCUCAGCCUGGUGCAGCGGACAUGCUGUGAUUGGCUGCUCGGCUGCUACUAGGAGGAGCUUGAAGGCUGAGCGGGAUAAUGCGGGAAGCCGCAACGUCGACGUAGUCCCUCUUCCGUAACAGCUCCAGCUUCGACGACACGAAACUAACAACUAGUUUCCCCUCUGGUGUUAGAUGAUUGUACAGUUUCCCAGUGACGUCAUCUAAAAGCGACUUUUAUGUCAGCGGCAGCGCUGUACUGUUACUUUCUCAUUGCUGCUUCUUCUCUAAGCAACCAAGGAGAGACUGAAGCAGGCAACGCAAGCUGAGGCGCAGUAGUGUGUGUCUGACAGGGUAAUAAUCUGAGCUCCUACUUGUACUCCGUAGGUAUCUCUCAGCUCUCAUUCACCCUGACGCCUGGACAUGAGCACACAGUACAGCAUCCUUUACAAGCAAGAGCAAGCCCAUAAUGAUGCCAUAUGGUCCGUAGCUUGGGGGAAGAAUACCAAUGAUGGGUCAGAGACUGUGAUUAGUGGUUCUUUGGAUGAUUUGGUGAAGGUGUGGAAAUGGACUGAUGAACACCUAGACCUGCAAUGGACACUCGAGGGCCACCAGCUGGGGGUUGUAUCUGUUGAUGUGAGUCCCACUGGGAACAUUGCAGCUUCUAGUUCUUUGGAUGCACAUAUUCGCCUCUGGGACCUUGAUUCUGGCAAACAGAUGAGCUCCAUUGAUGCUGGGCCAGUGGAUGCUUGGUCUGUUGCCUUUUCACCCGACUCCCAACACUUGGCUACAGGAAGUCACGUAGGGAAAGUGAACAUCUUUGGCGUGGAGACUGGAAAGAAGGAAUUCUCACUUGACACCAGAGGCAAAUUUAUCCUUAGCAUUGCUUAUAGUCCAGAUGGGAAAUAUUUGGCAAGCGGUGCCAUUGAUGGCAUUAUCAAUAUCUUCGAUAUUGCAACUGGGAAGCUGCUCCACACGUUGGAAGGACAUGCUAUGCCAAUCAGAUCACUAACCUUCUCCCCAGACUCUCAGCUGCUAGUUACAGGUUCUGAUGAUGGAUAUAUCAAGAUCUAUGAUGUGCAACAUGCCAGUUUGGCUGGCACACUCAGUGGACAUGGCUCCUGGGUACUGAAUGUGGCUUUCUCCCCCGAUGAUGCUCAUUUUGUCUCUAGCUCUUCUGACAAAAGCGUGAAGGUGUGGGAUGUGGCCAGCAGAACGUGUGUUCAUACAUUCUUUGAUCACCAAGAACAGGUUUGGGGUGUACAGUACAAUAGAAAUGGAUCUAAAAUUGUCUCUGCUGGAGAUGACCAGGAAAUCCAUGUUUACGACUGUCCCAUAUAACACAUCUUCGCCUCAUGGGGGGAAAGGAUUGGCAGAGAAAUCAUUCCAACUUGUCUGCUGCUACUAUAAACUGUCCUCUGAUUAGACAUGUCCAUAUCCUACAUCAUGUCAUUCUGUAAAUGAUGGCGCGUCGUCUUUUAUUUUUUAUGUGAAUGUUUUAUUUCUUUUGUCCUCCCCACCCCCUUUUUUUUUUAUGGUCAGUGCAGGAAUUAUUAAAUAUUUUGUCGACUUA